AUGAUGCUCUCGAGGCGCAUGCUCUCGAAAGAGGAGGAAGCCUCACAAGAAGAAACCGAAGUCCGGCGCGAAGACCAGGAGAAAAUCAAUCGUUUCAGCAGAUUGCACCAGCGUGAAACGGUGCUAGAAGACCAGCUCAAGGCGAAACAGAAAGACAAAGAAGACCUCGAAGAAAUAUCUGCCGAGCUCGAUCUCGCCGACGAAGACGAGCCAGUCCCUUACAAAAUCGGCGAUUCGUUUAUCUCCCUUCCUCUCCCCGAAGCGCAGGCCCUUCUCUUAGCAUCCACGGAACAGAUCGACGAGGAAGUCUCGAAAAUAGAAGAGCAGCUCGGUGAACUGCGAGAUGAGUUGCGGCAAUUGAAAGUUGCGCUGUACGCGCGGUUUGGGAGGAGUAUAAAUCUAGAGACUUGA